AUGUAGAAAAAUCAAUAUGCUCAUUUCCAAGCAGGAUAUAACAUCCAACAAAGAGUCAAAGGUGAUGAGAAAUAUAGAGAUUAUGCUGAAUACGCUAAAAAGAUUGAAGCAAUCGGAAGAACUACUGAAUGGCAUGAGGGUCACUCAAAGUUUGAGGUUUGGAGAAAGAACAAUGCUAACGAGAGACAAAUCGUACAGGAGCUUAGUCAAGCCAAUUAGGAGCUUAAGAUAUUAAGACAUGAGAGACUCAAGCAACUUUAUCAGACUGAAAUGGAGCAAUACGAGAAGGAACUAAAUGAUAUGGGAUAUGCCAUCCUAAAGGACAGACUUUGA